AUGCCAGAACCGAACGCAGGUACAUCACCCAGUGGUGGUGCCGCCGGUAGCGGUGGUGGAUUGUUCGGAGAAUGGAUGAAGACAGUAUUGAACAAUGGGGCAACGCCCCCGUCGACUCCUAAGAAAAUUACGGACAAGUUGAAGAGCAAUUUAGCUACAACAUUUGGAGAACUGAGGAGGUGGAUCACGGUGAAGGUGGAGUCGGAUGAAAUAAAGGAGCUCUGUGGGGGCGUAGGGGACCUUGUGAGCUGGGGAGGAUGGGGGAGAAAUCCUUAUAUGCAGAAUUUAUGUAAGGCGGUAGUCGAAAUAAGAUAUUUCAUAAGUAAUGUGGAAACAACGGGGAGUAGGUUCAUGGGUCAGGCCGAUGAGCGAGCACGAAUUGCGCCCCUCACUCCUGAUGAAGCCUAUCGUCGCUGCAUCGUGGGCGCUGUUGCCUUAUCCGCGAUGUAUGGUGAUCACUGUCAACUGACUGAAAUUAUUGAAAAAAUAACGAAGGAUGUCGACAGUAAAUUGGGGAAGCACUUGAGUUCGAAAGACAGGGCAAACUUGGAUGAAUGCAAAAAUAUUAGCGCUGCCGAAUUGAUGAUCGGUAGAGCACUUCUUCAUAAUACAAUCAAAACAUGGACGGAGGAAGAAAGGAUGAAGGGGGGGGGAGGAACCUGGAAGGUGAAGAUGCCAUGGAGGUAUUGGGCGGACGUCUGUAAGCAGAAGAGGGAAGACGCUAAUUUGCAACAGCAGAGAAAAGACAAUGCAGAAGUUAUGACGAACUUCCUGAAACUGGACAACAGGAAAACCGCAGGAAGUAGUGGCGGAACGACCCUAGCAGAAGUAUUAACCAAUGAAAACUUACAAUUAGACUCGGCUACAAUAGAGAAGGCACUUCAGGUCGCAGUAGGGGGAAAUGGUCAAGUGGAUCUUACAGAAAUAGACAAGGUUGUACGGGAGCUCAAUAAGGUAUCUGGGGAAAAAAUAGCUCAGGAAUGCAUGAAAAACAGCAGCAAGAAAUUUUGUGAGCGCUUGGACUGUGCAAAAGAUUAUUGGAAUUUGACGAAGGAGAAGAGCAGCAGUAACACGGGAGAUUUCUGGGACAGCAACGUCAAGGAGAAGCUGAACAGUCUCCUGUCUACUACGACUAUUAAUGCUGAUGGCACCACUGCUAACCUCUGUGAGAACGGUGACUUAGAUAGUGCAAAUAAGGCAGCUUGCAAACACAUGGCAAAAUUUUUGCACGAGAUGUACAAAAAUGGGAGUAGUGACCCUAAGCAAUAUUCUGCUCAAAUGGUACAAUGUCUUUUAUUAAAAGCAUAUGCUGCAAAAUUAAAGGAGCAAGCAAAACAAAAAGGAUAUUGUGACAUACAACUCGGCAUAGACAGGGCAUUCGAGUCUGCAAGCGCCAUUAAAACAACUAAUUGUACGAAUAAUAAGUCCUGCAUUGUUUGCAACUGGACCGACGAAGACUAUAGCAAACUUAACACUUGCAACAUUGACAACACCUCUGGCAGUGUAAAGUCUAAAGUGGAAUCAAUGUUAAAAGAAAACGGCCAAACGCAAGACAACAAAAUACAACAAACCUUAACUGAUAUAAAUAAUAAAAACCCCCUCUGUCAACGUCUCCAAUGUUUAGCAACUAAAGGACAGAACAACAACGACAAAUUUUGGCAGAAUGGCGGCGAAGUCGGCACCUUAUGGAACGAACUGUCCACAGCAAUGAUGAGACAGAAUGGCAGAAAUGGGCAGAAGGAAUGUAAUGAAUUGCGAACUCAUUCUGAAAAGGCGGCAUGCAAUUAUUUGCAUGCCGGCUUAGAAGCACUGUACAAGGGUACGACGACGCCGGCGGCGUCGUUGCCGUCGCCGUCAGGCGACGGCAACAACAUCUUAAAGACCAACCCAUCGUUUAGACAAACGAUGGGUUGUUUCUUACUUCACGCUUAUGCAAAUGAAAUGAAAAAGAAGUCCAUUUGUAAUAUUGAUAAAGGGAUAGAAAAGGCUUUCGAUCUUGGCAAGGGUUUAAGUUCUAAUGGUACUUGCAAUGCCACUGGCAAGGGACAAUGUGUCCCUUGCGAGUUGAAAGAGAAAGACUAUGACGAGUGUAAAAUUAACACAGAUGGUAAAACUGGCACACCACAGACGGAAGUGAAGACCAAAUUGAAGACCAUCAUCACGGAGAACGACCCCGAAAUAGAAAAAAUGGCAAUAGAAGUAAAUAAAAUAGAUGAUUUAUGCAGACGCUUCCAAUGUAUAUCUGAAAGAUGGUUAAAAGACGUCAAAAAUAAGGGGCAGAAUGGCGACCCCCUGAAAGCAACGGAUUGGAAUGAUGUAUGGAAGGAAGUCAAAAAGGAAAUCCCGAAACUUCGCACUGCCCUCGGCAGUGCCACAACUACGACGAAUGGAGGCCUUGGUGAAUACUGCAAAGGACUCGAUGAGAAGGGUGGAAAGGAUGCUUGCAUCCUUAUAGCAGCAGGAUUAAAGAACCUCUACAAUACUCCUGGUGACGACGUUAAUGCAUCGUUCCAAAGAACGAUGCAAUGUGUUUUAUUAAAUGCCAUUGCAGAUAAAAUGCGGGAAGAAUUGCCAUGUAAAGAGGAAAGGAGUGCAACGGAAGGGAUAAAUGAAGCCUUUAAGGCGAGUGCUACUAUUAAGGGGAACAGUACAGGUUGCAAUGAUGCUAAUAAAUGUUUUACGUGUCCGAGGUUUACGGAAUAUAGAAAUUGCAAAAUUAAAGAAUAUAGCAACACAGAGCAAGUAACGAUGUUAAAAGACAAAGUAGAUGACGUGCUCAAGAACGGUGCUAAGGAAGAAAUGAAGAAAAUUAAGGAGGUAGCUCUUAAGGAAAUAUGCAAACCGUGUACAGAGAAAACCUUUUGCGAAAGUCUUACAUGUGUAGCAGAAAAAUGGGAAAAAAGGAAUAAAGGAACCUCAAACGGAAACGUUACCUGGGUAAGGAAUGUGCUGUCGUGGUUGUGCUCGUGGUCAUGGUUUAGUGUGCUGUGCUGA